UAGAACUAUACAAGGACUGAGCAGCCGGAAGAGGACCGAGUGAAAUCAUGAACAUGGUCCUGGAUCUGCUGCUGCUUCUGCUGACCAUUCUCUACUCCUACUUGGAGGCACUGGUGAAGUUUUGCCUUCCCCAAAGGAGAAAAUCUGUGGCGGGAGAGAUUGUUCUCAUCACUGGAGCUGGGCAUGGAAUAGGCAGGCUGACUGCCUAUGAAUUCGCAAAGCGGAAAAGCAGACUGGUUCUAUGGGACAUUAAUAAGCAUGGUGUUGAGGAAACUGCAGCGGAGUGCAGGAAACUAGGGGUCCAGGUGCAUGCAUUUGUGGUGGACUGCAGCAACAGAGAGGAGAUCUACAGCUCUGUGAACCAGGUAAAGAAAGAGGUGGGUGAUGUGUCUAUCCUAGUGAAUAAUGCGGGAGCAAUCUACCCAGCUGACCUUCUUAGUACUAAGGAUGAAGAGAUUACCAAAACGUUUGAGGUCAACAUCCUGGGACACUUUUGGAUCACAAAAGCUCUUCUUCCGUCCAUGAUAAGGAGAAAUUCCGGUCACAUUGUCACGGUGGCUUCAGUGUGUGGCCACGGAGUGAUUCCUUAUCUCAUCCCGUAUUGUUCCAGCAAGUUCGCUGCCGUUGGCUUCCACAAGGGUCUCACGGCAGAACUUGAGGCCCUGGGAAAAACCGGGAUCAAGACCUCAUGUCUCUGCCCAGUUUUUGUGAAUACUGGAUUCACCAAAAACCCAAGCACAAGAUUGUGGCCGGUUUUAGAGUCAGAUGAAGUUGCAAGAAAGCUGAUAGAUGGAGUACUUACCAACAAGAAAAUGAUUUUUGUCCCAUCAUAUAUCAAUAUUUCUCUAAUCCUGGAAAAGUUUCUUCCUGAACGUGCAUUGGCAGCUAUAAGCCGUGUACAGAAUAUUCAGUUUGAAGCACUGGUUGGUCACAAAACCAAGAAGAAAUGAAGUAUGCGAGAGAUGUAUGCACAUUUACGAUCUGAAUCUAAGUUUAGAAUCAAUGCUCCAAAGCUUUGUUCCCCCUCAGUGCUAUUACUAUGAAAACCAUCGGUUUGGCACUAUCUGCAAUUGAAUAAGUGGGACUAAUUGCCUGUAUUUCUACUUUUCAAAAAUAGAGAACA